AUGCAAUAUGAUUCUAUUCUUAAUUUUCUAUUUAGAAUUCUACCUGCAUUACCUCAUGGUGAUACCUUACAUCAUCAACCAUCUGCUCCUGAUGUUCACGGUUGUGUUAUACAUAGUUUUAUUCAUCCUAAAUGUCGAUCAUCAAAACGUUCAUUACUUGAAUAUUGUUGUAUUGGUAUACCAAUGCAUAUAGGUGAAAAUACAAUAUUAAGUAAUAUAACACUUGUAACAUAUUCUGAUUUUAAUCAAAAUAUUCUUCAUCUUCCAUCAAAUUUAAUAAUGCAAACAAUUCCAUUAAAUGAUGAAUUAUUUGCAACAUUUGCAUUUGAUUUUCAUGAUAAUAUGAAAAUAACAUAUAAUACGAAUGAUAAAAUAUUGUAUUUUGGUCAAACAUUAUCAACAAUAGCUAAAAAAAUUCAUCGUCAUAUAGAUGAUUUAUUUGAUGAUGAAAAUAAUAAAUCAUUAUGGACAUUAAAAAUUUUUCCUGUUACGAAAAAUCCAAAUGAAUCAUUUGAAAAAACAUUAAAAUUAAUUUUAUUAAAUGAUUUUAUUAUGUUUGAAAAACAAUAUGUAUCAAUUCAAGAAAUUCUUAAACAACGUGACAUAUCAUUAACAAUUCAAUAUCGAUCAAAUCUAAUUAAUUGUACAUAA